UCUUCCUUCAGCUUCCUCCUCUAUCUCUCUCCUCUUUCUCUCUUUUCCUCCAUUAUUACUCUCUCUUCCUUCACUUCCCUCUCUGUCCCCACUCCCCCUUCCCUCCUUCACCGACACCCACGCCUUUUCCUCUCCCCAAUAUUUUCCCGGUUUUUUCUCCAUUGCUCAUUUCAUCAUUCUUCCUCUCUCUCCUCUCCGCCAUGGAUUCCCCCUCCCAUGGCGUUUCUCUCUUUUUCCUCUUUCUCACCCUUUUCUCCCUUCCUCCCUUCUCCUCCGCUGCCCUACGCCGUAACCCACUUCCAAAAUCUCCUUCCUCCACCUCCACCGCUGCUUCUUCUCAAAUCAAUUCCAACUCCAUCCUCGUUGCUCUUCUUGAUUCACACUACACUGAACUUGCGGAGCUUGUUGAGAAAGCCCUCUUGCUUCAAACCCUUGAGGACGCUGUUGGGAAACACAAUCUCACCAUUUUUGCACCCAGGAAUGAAGCUCUGGAGCGGGAGUUGGAUCCUGAGUUUAAGAGAUUCCUUCUUGAGCCACGGAAUUUGAAAUCGCUUCAAACUCUUUUGAUGUCCCACAUCGUUCCUGAAAGGGUUGGGUUUAAUCAGGAACGUUCUUCUUCUCUGGUUCGUCAUCGGACAUUGGGGGAUUCCCAUUUGAAUCUGAAGAAUUCUGAUUCUGGUAAGAUAAUCGUUGAUUCAGCUGAGAUUGUUCGUCCCGAUGAUGUUGUUCGUCCUGAUGGUGUGAUCCAUGGAAUCGAACGGUUGUUGAUUCCACGUUCUGUCCAAGAAGAUUUCAACCGUCGGAGAAAUUUACAGUCGAUUUCCGCUGUUUUGCCGGAAGGUGCACCGGAAGUCGACCCACGAACUCACCGGUUGAAGAAGCCAGCUCCACCAGUCCCUGUCGGAACGUCUCCUGUUUUGCCAAUCUACGACGCUUUAGCUCCAGGCCCAUCUAUCGCUCCGGCGCCUGCUCCCGGCCCCGGAGGCCCCCACCACCACUUCGACGGUGAGCGGCAGGUGAAGGAUUUCAUUCAAACGCUGCUGCAUUACGGCGGCUACAACGAGAUGGCUGACAUUUUAGUCAAUUUGACAUCUCUAGCUACAGAGAUGGGGAGAUUAGUCUCUGAGGGAUAUGUUCUUACAGUUCUCGCUCCGAACGACGAAGCUAUGGCGAAGCUUACAACCGAUCAACUGAGUGAACCAGGGGCACCGGAGCAGAUCAUAUACUACCAUGUAAUCCCAGAGUACCAAACGGAGGAGAGUAUGUACAAUGCAGUUAGGCGAUUCGGGAAAGUUCGAUACCAAACUCUCCGGCUUCCACACGCUGUCAUGGCCCAGGAGGCUGACGGGUCGGUGAAAUUCGGACAAGGAGAAGGGUCUGCUUAUCUGUUUGAUCCUGAUAUAUACACCGAUGGUCGGAUAUCUGUGCAGGGGAUUGAUGGAGUUCUGUUUCCAUUGGAGGAGGAUAAAGCUCCAGAGAAGAAAUCAAAUUCAGCUCUUAAAGUUGCCACUAAACCAAGAAGAGGGAAGUUGAUGGAACUUACAUGUACCAUGCUCGGAGCAGUUGGACAGGACUCUCAUUUCUCUUCAUGCCUAUGAAAAAUUUAGGCUAUAAAAUGGGGCUGUGUGUGUAAAGAUGAUUGGGGAGCAAGAAAAUGUAGAAAUUUUCUCGAGAAAAUCCGCAGAGGAUAAUUUGAGUUUCUUUUUUUUUUUUUUUACAUUAUUAGGAAUACACUGUAAUUACAUAUAUUAUUUUUUGGUUAAUUUUUAUAUCUUUGAGGUUAAUAUUUUUCUGUCCAUUAUUAUUUAUGCAUGUUUGAUUCUCACUGCCAAUGUAUGCAUUGAAAAUAUGAUUGUAAAAAACUUUCUUGUGUCUCC